UGAAGAGCUCGUCUUCUUACGCUUUCUCCAAAUCCAUUACAAAGAAACCAAAGUUGUCAAAAGUCGCCAGAAGUAAGAAGUCUUCGAGACGUAAAGAUAACUUUGUUCAAAUGAUGGAGCUGCGGAAGAAAAUCUUGAUUCUCAGAGACAUCAUUGAUUUGCCUCCUUUAGAAGGGGCUGCAUCUAUUAAUGAGCUGGUGGUGGGAACGAUGGAAGAUCUUCAAAAACUCUAUCCUGAAAUCAUAUCAGAAAUCCAAUAUUCCGAAAUGAAAGCAACAUGCAUAGAACAGAGUCUGGCCUACUUCUGCACUGCAUUGAAGUCGAUUGGAGAUUCGUGGAUGCUGAAUCAUGAAUGGAGGGACAAAUCGAAAUAUAAUCUGUCAUCAUGUCAGGAAAACUCCAGCUUCAAUGAAAUUGUUGAAUCUGUGUUGGGGAUCAUUGAUUGCAUCGUUAGUAUGGCGAAUGAAAGGUUCGAUAUGAUGGACGAAUACGUUCAUUCAAAGGACUCCUCCUCUUAUUCGCGAACUAGCUCCUUCGGGAAGAGCUCGAGCUCGUUGGAUUCGUGCUCCGAAACCAAUAGCUCUUGCUGCUCUUCUCCUGAAACUCCCACCUCCGUCCUAGCAAACUUUCGCAACAGCCAAAGAAAAUUAUCAGAAAAGAAAUCUUCAGAAAAGGAGAAUGUCUCUUGUAGUUCCCCCCUUUUGUGGUCUCUUAGAGUUCAAGCAGUGGAAAAGUUGAACCCCAUUGAUGUCAAGCACCUCUUGCUCCCCAGGUUGUCUCAUUGUGGAGGCAAUGUCUGCCCUGUUUCGAACAAGGCGACGACCGUUGAGGAAUCGAGGAUGGAUAUGGAUGACAAGCUCCUCUCUAAAGAGAUUGAUGCUGCUGCUAGAAAUGAAGAAAUUGAAGUGAGUGAUAUCAAAGAGGAGAAGUUGGAUACAAAAGAAGAAAUUGAAGUGAGUGAUAUCAAAGAGGAGAAGUUGGAUACAAAUGAAGAAAUUGAAGUGGGUGAUAUCAAAGAGGAGAAGUUGGAGACAAAGGAAGAAAUUGAAGUGAGUGAUGAUAUCAAAGAAGAGAAGUUGGAAUUGAGCACGGCAGCAAGCCAAAAGAACAUUGCUGAGACAAGUGAUGAUAAUAAUUCCCAAGCUGCUGAAACUGUUGAAGAGUUGCCUGCAUCAAAAUUACCUGAUGUUGCAUCAGAGCCAUCACCACUGCUCGCCUCAGUGUUGCCUCCUCCACCGCCCCCUCCUCCACAUUUUCCGCAACCCUUCGUAGUCGUAGUCGCCCUGCAACUACCAACACCACCUCCGCCACCACCACCAAUGAUGCAACAAAAUCCAGUACUGGCUCCACCCCUUUCACGGCCGCCUCCUCCGCCACCAUUGCCUCAGAUCACAGUGCUGUCAACUGCAGCAGUUCCUAUGGCACCUCCUCCACCAGCAUUGCCUCAGAUCACAGUAUUGUCAACUGCAGCAGCGCCUACAGCGUCUGCUCCACCAGCAUUGCCUCAGAUCACAGUACUGCCAACUGCAGCAGCUCCUACAGCACCUCCUCCGCCUCCACAACUGUUGAAUGUAAUAGAAACGGUGAUGAAAGUGGCUGUACCUCCACCACCACCGAUGGUUUCAGGGACGACGGUAAAGCUGGUUGGACCACCACCACCUCCGCCCACGCCCUCAAAAGGAGGAGCUGCAGCUUCAGCUCCACCUCCUCCAAUGCCCCUAGGAAAUGGCUGUGCUCCACCACCACCUCCUCCGGGCGGUGCAAUGAGAUCCGUGCGCUCCAAGAAAUCCUCUACUAAAUUGAAGAGAUCUCAUCAAUUGGGAAAUCUGUACCGAACACUCAAAGGGAAGGUGGAGGGAUCCAAUCAAAAUCUUAAAUCGGCUGGGCGAAAAGGCGGUGUAGGGAGCAGUACAGGCGGAAAACAAGGAAUGGCAGAUGCAUUGGCGGAGAUGACAAAAAGAUCAGCAUACUUUCAACAAAUUGAAGAAGACGUUAAAAACCAUGCAAAAGCAAUCACAGAGCUUAAACCUUCCAUUUCAACCUUCCAGUCAUCGGACAUGAAUGAGCUGCUGAAGUUCCACAAGCAUGUGGAGUCCAUACUCGAGCAUCUAACCGAUGAAUCGCAGGUACUAGCAAGAUUUGAAGGAUUUCCCACAAAGAAGUUGGAAGCUAUAAGGACUGCGGCUGCGUUAUAUUUAAAGUUAGAUGCAAUUGUGUAUAACCUACAGAAUUGGAAGAUUGUUUCUCCCAUGGGACAGCUUCUUGACAGAGUUGAAAACUACUUCACUAAGAUCAAAGGAGAAAUCGACGCACUCGAGCGAACGAAGGAUGACGAAUCAAAGAAAUUCCGAAGUCACGGUAUUCAAUUCGAUUUCAAUAUCUUAAUACGCAUCAAGGAAUCAAUGGUGGACGUCUCCUCCAGCUGCAUGGAGUUGGCUCUAAAGGAAAAGAGAGAGUUGAAAGCAGCAGCAGGGAAGACACAAAACAGAGCCAAAUCCGAAAGGACGAACAAGGGAUGUGCCAAGAUGCUAUGGAGGGCGUUUCAGUUCGCGUACCGAGUCUACACAUUCGCCGGUGGACACGACGAGCGUGCCGAUAGGCUGACCAGAGAAUUGGCUCUAGAAAUAGAGAGUGAGCCUCACAACCUAUGAUUCUCUUUUUCUUUGAAGUUGUUUUCUUCUUCUUCUUGUUCAUCUUUUUGGCUGAAAAAUGGCACACAACCAUGAGAUCAGUGGUUGGUCUUACACCAAUCUAGCAUUUUACCGUGUGGAAUGGUAUUUGAGUAAUGUGUUUGGCGUU